AUAGUCUGUGACAGUAGCAAUACGACCAGCAACAAGGAGGGUGUCGCCACAUAACCCAGACCAGAAGACUUGUUUAUGACGUGUUUUUCCCCAAUCCUCUGUACCAUUGGAUUAUAACAGGAACGCUGUUAACUGCUGACACAACUUCACGUUACAGCUAAGCCUUAUAGCUUCGCCUACAGCAACCUAACAGCUUCACGUCACAGACUUAAGAUAAGACGUAAGAUAUUCGACAUGCUCCUUGUACCUCUGCUGGGGAUCUUUCUGCCUGCUGUGGUCGUCGGCUUCAACCUCACCAUCCUCCACACCAACGACAUCCACGCCAGAUUCGAACAGACCAACAAAUACAGUGGCCAGUGCCAAGCCGAUGAUGUGACAGAGGGGAAAUGUUUUGGUGGGACAGCGCGACUUGUGACCAAAGUCCGUGAACAGCGCCUCCUCCAUCCCAACACCAUCCUCCUGUCGGCAGGGGACGAAUAUUCGGGGACGCUGUGGUUCUACAAGUACCGGGGUGCCGUUGUUGCCAGAUUCAUGAACCUGUUGCAGUAUGACGUCAUGACGCUGGGUAAUCACGAGUUCGAUCUCGGCAUCGACGGGUUGAUUCCCUUACUCAACGACGUCAACUUCACCGUGGCCAGCGCCAACAUCGACGCUACUGCCGAGCCACGGGUCAAUAACAAGCUGGUGAAACACACGGUGUUGACUGUCGAUGGUGAAGGUAUCGGGAUCAUCGGGUACACCUCCAGAGAGACACCGUCAAUUUCUGUUCCAGGUCAGAACCUCAAAUUUGAAGAUGAGGUUGUAGCAGUCCAGAGAGAGGUGGACUCCCUGAUGUCACAGGGCAUCAACAAGAUCAUCGCUCUCGGUCACUCGGGAUUUGAUGUUGACCAACGAAUAGCAGCAGAGGUCAAUAACCUAGAUGUGGUGGUCGGAGGUCACACUAACACCUUCCUCUACACAGGCGACCACCCGUCCAAUGAGGAACCGGAAGGAGUGUAUCCCCACGUGGUGACCCAGUCGGGAGGGGCCAAGGUGCUCGUGGUGCAGGACUAUGCUUACGGGAAAUAUCUUGGAGCUCUGGAAGUGACCUUUGACCCGGAAGGUGUCAUCACGUCAUGGGGAGGUAACCCAAUCCUUCUGGACAACAACACGGCGCAAGAUGAAGCGAUCUUGAAGGUGAUGCGCCCCUAUAGGGAAGGUGUAGCCGACGAGAUGAGCCAGGUGGUCGCGAGAAGUCAGGUGCUGCUGGACGGAGAACGGUCUUCUUGUAGGGUCAGCGAGUGCAACUUAGGGAACCUGAUCGCUGAUGCCAUGGUGCACCAGAACCUGCAACACAGCGACUCCCUGGAAUGGAACCACGUGGCCCUCGCUUUUAUGAACGGGGGCGGCAUCCGGACGUCAAUACAGAAAGGUGACGUCACUUUCGGCGACAUCACCACCGUGCUGCCUUUCCGGAACACCUUUGACAUCGUAGAGUUGCUGGGGAAACAUGUGCGGGAAUCGCUGGAGUUCGCGGUGUCCAAGUGGGCAAAGACCGGGAGUUUGUCUGGGGCGUUCCUCCAAGUGUCGGGUUUGAAAGUCGUGUACGACGUGACGAUGCCUGUAGGUCAAAGGGUAAUAGAGGUCAAGGUCAGAUGCACCAACUGCUCCGUGCCCCAUUACGUGGAUCUCGAGGACACCGAGGUAUACAAGAUCAUCAUGCCUUCCUUCACUGCAAAUGGUGGCGACGGAUAUGACGUCAUCAACAAGAACAAGAUCAAACAUCAUCUACUUGGCGAUGUGGAUUCAUACGUGCUCCUCGAGUACGUAAAAACUGUUUCCCCUCUCACCCACGGACUGGAAGGGCGUAUCAGUUUCCGACAGACACCUUUGUGUAACUGCCCCGUCAGUAGUGACGUCACUCGCCCAACAACACAUCUAGAGGCUGCGACGGCGACGGUGCUGCUCCUUGUCGUAUCAACGUGUAUACGUGGCACUGGUUUCUACUGACUGGUGUCUGAGUUUCUCCGGAGAAUCAGUUUAGUGGUACUUAACAUACAAUGAAGCUGGUGGGAGCUAGUCUUCACAAUAGUCUAUGUCACUAUAUUCAAAUAAAAUAUUUUUCUACAAUUUCUAAA